AUGUGGAAUCCCCUGCGCGAGAACGACUCAGCUGCAGGCCCCGGGCGCCGCCCGCGCUUGCUCUGCGCUGGGGCGCUGGUGCUGGCCUCUGGCCUCUUUAUCCUCGGCUUCCUCUUCGGAUGGUAUAUAAAAUCUUCCAACGAAGCUGCAAACAUUGUUCCACAGAAUGGUCUGAAGAAAGCAUUUUUGGAUGAAUUGAAAGCUGAAAACAUCAAAAAGUUCCUAUAUAAUUUUACACGGAUACCGCAUUUAGCAGGAACAGAACAAAACUUUGUGCUUGCAAAGCAAAUUCAAUCCCAGUGGAAAGAAUUUGGCCUGGAUUCUGUUGAGUUAGCCCAUUAUGAUGUCCUGUUGUCCUAUCCAAAUAAGACUCAUCCAAACUACAUCUCAAUAAUUGAUGAAGAUGGAAAUGAGAUUUUCAAUACAUCGUUAUUUGAACCACCUCCUCCUGGAUAUGAAAAUAUUUCAGAUGUUGUGCCACCUUUCAGUGCCUUUUCUCCACAAGGAAUGCCAGAGUGCUCUGGAAAGAUUGUGAUUGCCAGAUAUGGGAAAGUUUUCAGAGGAAAUAAGGUUAAAAACGCCCAGCUGGCAGGGGCCAAAGCCGUCAUUCUGUACUCAGACCCCGCAGACUAUUUUGCUCCUGGUGUACAGUCCUAUCCAGAUGGUUGGAAUCUUCCUGGAGGUGGUGUCCAGCGUGGAAAUAUCUUAAAUCUUAAUGGUGCAGGGGACCCUCUCACCCCUGGCUACCCAGCAAAUGAAUAUGCUUAUAGGCAUGAUAUUACAGAAGCUGUUGGUCUUCCAAAUAUUCCUGUUCAUCCAAUUGGAUACUAUGAUGCACAAAGACUCCUUGAGAAAGGAGAUGCCACUGAUUUUUCUGAAAGUGAAGUUGGUAAAGACCAAAAUAUCUGGCCAGUCUGUCAUUUUUCUUCUUUGAGUACAAAGCAUUCUUACUCCUUGUAUUCUAGUAUCUAUGAGAAAGCGUUUUAUGACCUAGCAUGCAAGGCCCUCAUUUAUAUAGGUGACCAGGCUGAUAUCUGGAGAUUUGGAGACAGAUAUGUCAUUCUUGGAGGUCACCGAGACUCAUGGGUCUUUGGGGGCAUUGACCCUCAGAGUGGAGCAGCUGUUGUUCAUGAAAUUUUGAGGAGCUUUGGAAAACUGAAAAAGGAAGGAAACUACACCUUAAGAGUUGAUUGUACACCACUGAUGUAUAGCUUGGUAUACAAUCUAACAAAAGAGACUACCUCAUGGCUUGAAUUAUGUUUUCUGAUGGAACUCAGCUUGACUAUCCUUGACCUAAUAUUAUUGAGGAUUAUGAAUGAUCAGCUGAUGUUUCUGGAACGGGCAUUCAUUGAUCCUUUAGGGUUACCAGACAGGCCUUUCUAUAGGCAUGUCAUCUAUGCUCCAAGCAGCCACAACAAGUAUGCAGGGGAAUCAUUCCCAGGAAUUUAUGAUGCUUUGUUUGAUAUUGAAAGCAAAGUGGACCCUUCCAAGGCCUGGGAAGAAGUGAAGAGACAGAUUUCUAUUGCAGCCUUCACCGUGCAGGCUGCAGCAGGGACUUUGAGAGAAGUAGCCUAA